AUGCCUUUUUUUAAGGGAUUUCUUCCAGGAAGGGUGCAACAUGAUGAUGAGUGGCGAACUGUUUUUGUACUUAAUAAGUAUCCAAGCAAUGACACAGAGGUUGAAGUCAAGCAGAAGAGAUAUGCUAACAAUGUAAUUGUUACAUCAAAGGUGGGUGUCUCAUUGAAAUGCUCAUAUACAUCAAUGUUUAAUAUAGUGAUGAUAAUUAUGUUAGUCUUCCUACCCCAGUUUUUUUCAAAACAUGGUCUUCCUAAAGGUGGCACAAUUUUUUCCUUUUUCCUGAGUGGAUCACCUCUGGUCUACUCCAUAAAGAGGGGCCAUCAUUUUUUUAAUUCUACAGUAUUUAAAGAGUUAAACUAAUUAAAAAAAAUUGAAUUUUAGUAAAGUUGAAUUACGAUAUUCAAGUUGUAUUUUUUGUAAUGCACAGUUAAAUAGGUCUUAUAAAGCUUCUACUUACAAGCCAGGUAAAUUUUGAGGAAGUUCUCUUUUCAAGUGAUAGAUAACAAUAAUAUUGAUGUUUUUUCUUGGUAUUUUCCUCUGUUGUCUUGGUUAUCAAGUGUAUCGUAGACCCUAAUGAAUUUUUUUUUAUUUCAGUACACAAUAUUGAAUUUUGUCCCAAAGAAUUUGUUUGAACAGUUCCGUAGAAUUGCAAACUUUUACUUCCUCUGCAUUGGUGUGAUUCAGGUAAGGAUAAAUAGCUUUCUUGUUCAAACCAUGUUCUUGAGACCAUACAUUCUUUUCAUUGCUUAAUAUAAUUACCUAUACCAAUCACCUAAACUUUCUUUUCAACCUGGAAACAAAAGUGUGUUAAUGUAACUUUUCCCAUUUGAUCCAAAUCAAUUUAGUUAAUAGAAUUUGUAUCUGUUUGAACAGAAACUAUAGCAGGUCAGAAAAUGUACAUCAAAUUUAUUAGCUUGACAAUGUUUGUAUUAUUUGAAUUUAAAGGCUUAAUAAUCUUUUUUGUUUAUAAUUUGAUAAGAUAUUUCCUCUUAUCAGUUUUCUCCUGUAACUAGCAAUCUAACAGUCCUUGACAUUACAUGUUUGUGUAACACAGACAUGUCACUACGUUGACAACUGUAUUAGCACUACUUCCUCUACUAGGGAGGAAAUAGUGGCCACUGAUUUAUAUGUGCAGUCAAUUCCUUUCACCCGGCUCUCAAGUAUAUCUGGAAAAUUUGCAGCAUUUAUUUGGCUUUUUUAUAUAUCAAGUUACUAUCAAGGCAAUGGUCUAUGAGCAAGUGUGUUUCAUGCUUUGUUGUAUUCAUCUUUCCAUCAAAAAUAUGUCAAGAAUUCCAUUCCUUUUUCUCAGCUUCUAGACUUCAUGGUUUAUGUAGUGACAACUCUGACUUCCUGCCUAUCCUGUUUGUGUUGUUCAAGUGGGCCACCACUGCACCAAACAAAUUGAUGACAAUCAGCACAACAAAUAUCGCAGAAGGAAAAUACAGAUCAAAUUCCAUCCACCCUCACAAUCUUGCAGUUAAAUCUAUCAUUCAUAAAAACUUAAAAAGUGCUUUGAACAAAAUAAUCCCCAAACUGGUACAAUUUUUUUGCACCUUCCACUUAUUUCAUGCAAACGCAACAAAACUUAGGCAACUUUCAAUUAAGAUGUUCACUACUAACUAAUGAUCAACUCAGAACUUUCAAAUAUGCAUGGGCGUGAUGCAACACUUGUCCUUUCAUUCAUAAUGACUAAAAAUUUUUGGUACCCAAGCCAUCAAAAUUACUGAUAAUUUCAAGUGCACUUCUGCCAAUGCCAUAUAUAUCAUGACUUGCACUUAUUGCAAAAAGGUAUACAUUGGCAAAACCUGAAGAAGGCUAGGUGACCAAUUCCUAGAGCACCUUGGUGAAGUAGAAAGAAGUAAAAAAGAUGCUUCCAAACCAGCAGCUACAUACUUUAAUCUCCCUAAUCAUUCUAAGAAACAUGUGGCAGUCUGCAUCCUUUCCUUACAUCGAGGUGGUUCACAAAAUCGCCAAACUCUAGGACAAAAAUUUCUUACUCAAAUAGGCACUCUUAAUCCCUAUGAAUAUCAAUGAACAUUUUUUAUUCACUCAAUUAAUAUAUUCUUGUUUUGUUAUUAUACCAUUUUCCUACCAGUAGGGUAGCUCUAUUUUAUGCAUGUAAACACACACGCAAUCCACAACAAUUAAAAUGUCAGCUUUGCAGUGGCGAAUUGACAUUUAUUUAUCAACUCAGUUGAUGAAACCAAAUGAUCUUGUUAUACUCCCUUCUGAUGUAGCCCACAGUUUCUUAGAAAGCUUCCUCCCUCUUUAGGAGGUAGUGUUCACUGUAGAGAUCUGGCCUUCCAGCACAGAUCGUGAUGUGCUUAAAUUUUCAUCAAAAACAGUAUGUCCCGGAUAAUGACCUUCUUUUGAUGUUGCAGCUCUUAAUUGACAGCCCUGUGAGUCCAGUGACCAGUAUUCUUCCUCUGGUCUUUGUGAUAACAGUCACUGCCAUGAAACAGGUGUGUAAAACACUAUAACUAUUGCCCAAAGGGCUGGUACAUACAUGUACCACUUAUGGGUAAACCCAAAAUAAUUUAGAUUAAAAAAAAAGACAGUGUAAGCUACUGUCAUAGCCACAGUAGAAUGACACUAAAUGGUAGACUGUUUUAAGGUAGUGGCAAGGCCAGGGUCCAAAACUACAACCAGCUGCUCACCACUGCAACUGAAAAUGGAAUGUAGCAGACCAGAAUUUUGAGGCUAUGUGCCUGCAAGUGACAAGCUUAGUUUCUUGUGAGUGUUCUGAGUGCACUCAUUUUUAUAUUCUAGGCUCUGAAGCAAAUAAUGAAGGAAAAAGAAUACUUUGGAUCCUGAUAAAGUCUGCUGAAAACACUCAUUAUUUUUGGCUUCUUUUGGCUCCAUAGGGCAUGAUAUGUGACAUCACCUAUAUCCAAAUAGUGUGUUCCUUUAUGGCAAUUCCAAGGUUUUCCAUUUCCACUGCCUCUACUGCCAGAUAGCUUAUUCUCCUCCAGGAAAUAGAAAGUGAAGCUUCAAGAAUGCAUGUGCAUGGCAAUCUCCUGAAAUCAAUAAAAUAGAUCAUCAUGUCAUAAGCUCAUGCCCUGGUUUUUCAGCAUUUUGAACCCUUUUUUUUCAUUGAAAUGGGCUUAUUCCCUGGUAGAUCUCCUAUCAAGGACAAAGCAUUCAUGGCAUGUUAUAAUUGUGUACCCAAUGGUUGAUGUUUUUACUUUAAGGGUUAUGAAGACUGGCUUCGUCAUAAGGCAGAUAGAGAGGUUAAUAACAGACCAGCCAAGGUCAUCAGGCAAGGACAGGUGGAAGAUAUCCCUUCCAAAAAUGUCAAGGUGAGGUGCAUGUAUUAACUGGUUACUCAAGCUGAGUACCUCAAGAAAUGCAGAUCAGAGAGCUAUUUUAAUGGCAACAAAUGACUAUUUUGUGAUGGGUUAGUCAAAUUAAUUUAAAUUUGGUUUACUAGGUUUCAGAUAAGGAAAUUCAUGUAUGAAAUAAAGUGAGAUGCUAGUUGUCUUAUCACAUGGGUGGGACAAAGGAAAAAUCUGAGUUCCAGUGUCAACUUGAAACCCAGACCUUCAUGUUCCUCACUCUCAUGCCCUACCACUAGGGAACAGAGAAUUCUACCAUAAGGUAGACCAUUACUAGGUACAUGCAAUGUACAAAUUAAAGUUAGCAAUAUAACAUGCUAAUAUUUCAGAGUUAUAAAAACCUGAAAAAUCCUAAUUAAAAAUAAAAUGAAAACUUCUGUAACAAUAGAUAGCUAAUGUAUUUUGAUACAUGAUAAUGAAUUAUAAUUGAAAUUAUAGACAUAUAUUAUUCAAUAUCAUUCACUAAUUUAAUGAUGCAUAAUGAGAGUGGCAUUUAAGGUUCUCUUUAGAAGGCAGAUACCAGCACUAGAAUACUACAGUAGUGUCACUACCUGCCUAGCUUUACAUGUUUGCCUGGUUACUUUAAUAAGGAUGCCCCUAGCACUUAAUUAGGUAAAGAACCUGUAGACAUUGUUAUCUUGGAAGUAUGCAGGAUGUGUGUUGUAUGUUCUCAAGUAACUCCUGGUAGAGCUGUCCGUAGCUGGGUCAUAGUGCAUAAGAGUGAAAUGUUAAGGACUUGGAUUUGAUCUCGCCAGCCACUCGGAUUUCUUUUUGUCAUAUGCUCAUGACAAAAGAAAUGACAGCUUUCUUAUUCCAGCUGUUGAUAUGCUCAUAAUUUAAUCUGUCUUUUUUUAUGUUCCCUUGAAUUUUAUUCAACAGUCCAUUUUAGUCUGCAAGAACAACCUGAUAAUAUUUUAGUACAGAAAAAAGGAUACUUUUUGCCCUAUUAUCUUUACCAAACAAAAUAAUGAAAAAAAAAAAAAGGAAAAAGAUGCUCUUAAAAAUUUUUAGAUUGAUAGGAUUUUAUUUCAAAUUAAGGGCCCUCGUCAAGGUAUGAUCUCUAAAUAAUGUCAAUACACACAUUGUGAUAAACUAAGGUGCUGCUUAUUUCUGUGUUAAGAAUGUAUGCAACUAUUAGUCCUCUCUGAAGUGUAAUGUACUCUAUAUCAUGUAACAAUUAAGAAAAAUCCAGUUUUUAAGUGUUCAACAAUACUAGUACACUAGUCUUAUUCCUCUUGUUCCUUUUGUUCUUAAAUCAGUGGGGAAUCAAAUAAAUUUUUCCUGACAGCUUUUAAAACUGACAUCUUAUGUGAUUAUACUUUUAUCAUUACAAUAAUUACUGUAGUAGUAAUGAACAUUACUGAUUACUUGUAUGGGUGUGUGUAGGUUGGUGAUAUUGUUCAGGUAUUAGAUGAUGAAGAGAUUCCUUGUGAUCUUGUGGUGCUGUCCUGUGAUGACCCAGAUGGAACAUGUUAUAUCACAACUGCCAAUCUUGAUGGUGAAACAAAUCUCAAGGUAACUGGAGCCCUCAUGCAGUAAUUGAAGAUAAACUUUUGCAUGCAGUAUUUUUUAGUACUUGUAAUUUAAAAGUGACCCAAGAUAUUAAAAAUACAGCCUUGAACAAACUUAUAUAAUCUCCACCAUUCAGGUAAAGAAGACAAACCAUGCUCCACAGUUAAAAAAAGACACUGACAUAGCACAUAUUAAUGGUAUUUUUUUUGCAGGUGCGUAAUGCAUUGUCUGAUACAGCAGGAAUGCAGUCUGCUGAGCAGCUCUCUCAUUUGAUUUCACAUGUGGAAUGUGAGCACCCAAAGGAAGAUUUGUACAGGUGAGGGCAAUAGAAUUAUAACCAUACAUGUAGUUGUGUUAAACAAAGGGGAGCACAUCCUGAUCAAUUUGGGUCUUGAUGUGAUUGUUGUCCAUUGUAUGAGAAUGUGGGUAUACAGGUAACAAUUGACAGUUAUUGGCAACAAUUUGAAAUGAGCAAGAUUCUCUCCAAAUGGAUUGUGUUCCCAUUAAAUUUUAAAUGCAACAAAUUUUCAACUUUGAUGUUUAAUUCUUCUCUUGUUGUGGACUGACUGCUUACAGUCACUCUGAGGACUAUCUGCUCCUUGGUGAUCACACCAGAAAUUUGUUAGUUAUAGUGAAUUGAUACAGGCACAUUUCCAUCAAUUGAAAGAAAGGAUUUAUUAAGUAAUUUACCUCUGAUAAACUUAAACAAUACAUGUAUGAGAAAUAUUAAAAAUGAUAAGAUUAAUUAUUAUUUAUUAACUAAAUAUCAUCAACUUUUUACACCCAAUAAUAGGUAUGCAUAUUCUCCAUACUGUUCUCUAUACAUUGCCUAAAUUGCUGAGAGGGAGAAUUUGAUUUAUGGUCGAAAGUUUCUGUUUUUGGUGAUCAUUUACCUUAUUCUUAUGAGCUCAAAGUGUGAUUCAGGGGUGACACUGCAUGGAGAAAUUAGAUGCCAGCUACUCCUAUGGGCUAAAGGGUUAAAGGAGAAGCAACUGCUACUGACAAACCCCCCUAUUGUAUAAUUUUUCAUAAUUUUGUGUUCUUUAAAAUAAGAUACUGCAAUGUACAUACAAGUACAUAUUAUACAUUAAUUUUGCUCUAGACAUGAUGCUAGUUAUUAAUUAAAAGUGUAAUUGAAAUUUAGUUUCUCAGGUCGAAUGGUAGUGACACCUAGAGGGGGUGGAGAAUCAGUACUCAAGUGAGAUUUUGCACAUUUGUGUUGAAAAUAUUCAACUGUGUAUUGUAAUUAAGGGAUUGUAAAAGCAGGCUAACCAGGACUGUAUCAACGAGGAAGUACUGAACAACAGUCAACUGAUCAAUCAAAAUAAAUGUUAACUUGCAUGUUCAUGUAUCUAUCUACCCAACUUAGUAUCAUAUGGUCCAUAUGCAUACAUGUACAGUUUAUAUGUGUUUUUUAAAACGAUGUAUGCUACAUGUAUGUGAUAUGGGUAUGAUAACAUGUACCUGCUCCAUAAGCUGUUAAAGGUUGAGGUAUGAACACCUUGAACAAUUUAGCACUGAUGAAAAAAUAAUCUUUUGAUUACAAAUUGGUUGACAAGGUGUGGAUGGUACCAGCCAUUUUGUAUAUACUGGUGGUAGGCUUUGACCUUUCUCUGAGAGUUAGGUUCUUUUAUAGCAUGUAUUUGAAUCUCUAUAAAUUUAUUAUGUCCAUGAUCAGUAAAUAUGGUAUUAACAAAGUUUUGGAAAAAGAUUGAAGUGCAUUUAGUAUUAAUAACUUAUUAUUUCUUUAGGGCCUUAGGUCCACAGAAUCUGCUUUUGAGAGGAGCUCGGUUAAAGAAUUCCACAUACACUUUUGGUAAAUGAAUACUAUUGUUAAGUCAUAUCACAAAUAGUAAAUGUCUCUUUUUGAGUUUCCUACUCUUUGUCACUAAUGUAAUUUGCACCAUUGUAGGUGUUGCUGUCUACACUGGCAGGGAAACAAAGGUAAGAAUCAAGACACGUGCAAUGGUAAUAAUCCUUAGGAUCACAAAUAUCAAUUAUUAAAUUGUAAUUUUAUCAAGAAUUUUGUUUAAUGAUUAAUUUUGGUCAUCCUUAGAGUGACAUUUUGCUGUUAGUGACAUAGAGGCUGACUUAGGAUGCACCAUAUGUUAUGCAAUGCCCAUUGUAACAGUAUGUUGAAAUUUUGGGAUAUAAUUAUAUUUUAGAUAGGAAUGGCUCACAAACAUAAUAAUCACUUACUUAAAAUUGAGUAUUAUAGAUUGCUUUAUUAGAGUUAUUGUUUAAUGAAAUCAUUACUGAAUGAAAAGAUUUCUUUAAUUAAAUCCAAAGUGAAAUAUGAUUAGUCCAUAAAAUUCAUUUUCUCUCUCUUUUAAGAUGGCCCUCAAUCAGCAGCAAGGGGCUCACAAGUUUUCAACAGUGGAGAAGUAAAAUAUGAAUUCUCCUAGUUUUUCAUCAACUUGGGUCAUUUUGUUUUCUAGUUACUUAAAGAACCAUUUACACAUUUAUGACAAAAGUAAUGUGAUAAGUGUAUGUUAAAGGCCUAACUAUUACAUAUGUAAAUGUCUGUACCCAAUACACUGUCAAUUACAGCCACUAAUGUUCUGUUAAGUACAUUUAUUAUCAUAUUGAUACCAUGACUGAAUUAGUAUCAUGCUCUUUCCCUGAGUCUGUAUUGUUAUCUUCACUCCAGCCAUGAUCAUGUUCACCCUAGGAUUAGAUGUUGACCUAAUUGUUUUUCUAAAUACAGCAGUUAAUAACUUACCCUCUCAAUGGUCAAAUUCACCAAGUACAUGCACCAAGAUGAGACCAUAAAAAGUAUAUCAAGCAGAGUUAGAUUUAUCAUUGUAAGAACUGCAUAAGCUGAUAUAAAUCUAGCUUAUUAUCAUGGUUGUGAAAAAUGAGGUGACUUUUUUUGUAUGUGUGUUGCAGGACAAUGAAUGUGUUCCUGAUUGUUUUCCUUAUCGUGCUGCUGAGUCAAGGAGCUCUGUGUGCUGGUCUGAUGUUCUGGAAACAAGGUACACCAUCAGGGAAGCCAUCCUAUAUCUAUCAAGAAGAACUUAAAAUCACAGUAAGUUUAUCUGUGUUUUUUGUUUUUAGUAUGAUUUUUGAUGAUGAAUAAUUUUUUCAGUUGACAAUACUUUUUCAGUUUGUAUCAUGAAGGCUAAAUGUUUUAUCAUGAAGUAAAUGUAAUUUGACCCACAGCUCACCUGUGAAAAUCAUUGCUUUAAUUGAUUUUCAUCUGCAGGUGGAAUGAAAGUUAUUGCAUUGAAAAUUAUUUUUAGAGCCCUCCACGGGAAAGAAGAACACUCCAAAAUGUGCCUGCUUCUCAAGCUUUGGCUUCAUAGCUCAUUUGGUAGUAGAACCCAAUAAGCAUAUCUGGGAGGCACAAAAUCAAAUCUCAUUGCAGCCUAAAUUUUUUCUCUGCAACUGCUUAAAAUGCAACACACUUGUGAGGAUCACAGCUUUAUACUAUGUUGAGUUAAUACAAUGAAAAAAUAAAAAUAUAAAGAAAUUUCCUCCACCUAAAUCUGCCCCAAGAAAACUCUUUACUUUCCCUUUAAGUUCACAGGUUCUAAUGGUGUACUGGAUACAUUUCUUGUAUUUCUUAUUCUGUACAAUUAUGUCAUUCCCAUCUCACUGUAUGUUACAGUUGGUAAGUUUCCAUUAUUUACUUUGUCAUUUAAUGUUGCUGAUUACAAAAAGUAAACCAAGGUACCUGUUGUAAAGUGAUCAUCUAGAUAAGGGCAAAAUAAGUAGUCACCUUAUUGUUGUCAGUUGUGGUGGAUAUCUGGUAGAAUGUAAAUUCUUAGUUUAGCUGCAUUUUAAAUUUAGUGAUUAAAAAACUAAUUAACUACAAUGUAAUCCUCAGAUUUUUAUCAAAGACUGUGUCAAAAACACAGAUGCUCAAAACUAAAUAAACUAUAAUUUCAUCUUUAUGUUAAUGUUUCUGAUGUUAGAUUGAUAUGUCUUAUUUAGCCUGUAUACAUGUUGCCAUUUGUUCUCACCUAGAGCUUCAAAAGUUUAUUGGGGCAUUGUUUUUUGCUUGGGAUCUUAAAAUGUACUUGGAGGUGAGAAGAAGAUUGUUUCAAGAAUUUGUGUGUCAAUUUGUUGCAUGUAUUAGGGUUUUGAAUUCAUUGUAGGUUCUUAUGCAGGUUUAUGUAUGUCAGCAAUGUUCUUGCAUAACUAGUAGUUCAAAUUUUUAAGCUAUGUGAAUGUAAUUUUGAAAUGUUACAUGCAUCUUGAUACUGUAACCACCAACAUAGAAACUUAGUAAAGAAACAAUAAAGUUUGGUGAUUUAUGUUGCUAAGUUAGCUUUCAUCAGAGUGAUAGGAAGCUUCUUUCAAAAGCUUGUUUGUUUGUUUACCUGUUUAGGAAACAGAUGAGCGGGCCAUUGCCAAUACAUCUGACCUGAAUGAAGAACUAGGACAGGUAGAUAAUUGAUGAGUUUUGUUAAGUUAUUGUCUUUUAUUCUGAUAAUUCAAAAUAAGAAGCCAUCUGAACUCUCAAGGUUGUCAAACUAUGUGUGAAUUCUAUGGAUUUUGGUUAACAGCUUUCUCCAGACAGUAGGAAUUACAGAGAUUUAAUGAUUGGUGUACAUUAUUUUCCUAGAUCGAGUAUGUGUUUACUGACAAGACAGGAACACUUACUGAAAAUGAUAUGCAGUUCAGAGAAUGUUCUAUAAAUGGUUACCAAUAUGUGGUGAGUAAUCAUGCAACAUGGAAAUCUUUGCUAACUUUGUUUAGAGUAAGGGAACCUUUGUCUAGAAAUUAAUAUUGUUUACAUAGUUACAUGAUCAAUCGUACUUUAAAAACAGUUUUUUUUAUUAUUUAAAUUUUCAGCUUGGUACAGACUUAUCUGUGUCUCAGUUUUUUUUAUUAUUAUUAAACUAUGUAAACCAGUUUAUCUUGGGAUUUAGCUUCAUUGAUACUUUUUAAUCGUGUUAAAUGUUUUAUUUUUGUUUGUUUUCUUUUCCAGGAGUUAAACAGUCAGUUAUUUGUGGCAGAUCAAACAGAUGGUGCUUGUGUUUCUGCUCAAAGUGUCUCUGUAGGUUGAAGUUUAUUUGUAACUUCCAUAAUUUUAAUGAAAAAGAUUCAUCCAAUAAACUUGGAUUCCACUAACCUGUAUGUCCAGUGGAAUUUGUGACUGUCUAAUGUAAUUUUAUUUUGUUUUUAACUCUUAUCAAGACACCUACAUAACCAAGAAUAACAUGUUUGUGCUUGCAUGAUUUUAUUUUCAGUCAGAAGUUAUGCAGUUCUUCUUGGCACUGUCCCUUUGCCAUACUGUUCAAGCCUCCAAGGAGACCAAUCAAGAUUCUAUCUAUGAUUAUCGGUACCAGGUAACUGUGACAAUUGCUAAUUAUUUAUUUAUUUAUUUAAUGGAUUUGUACAAGUACAGGUGCACAAGUACAAGUAAGCUAAGUUUAGUAAAAAGAACAAAGACAUUCUCUACUCUUUGAGUAGAAAGCAGAGAAGUGUGUACAAGUCACGGGGUUUUUUACCUUCUUAAAGUCACAUUCUCUUAAAUUUUUAUUUGUCUAGUGCCAGUGACUUAACUGGCAGCUAAAGGCUCUAUUUUUUUCCCUUACAAAGUUUUUCUCUUUUAGAACUUAAUUAGUAUUCCUUUACAAGUGUCUUAAAGUUUAAAGGCUUGUUUUUUGAGAUUUUGAAAAAUAUUGUGUUUCUCAUGCAGGCUUCAUCUCCUGAUGAAAAAGCUUUAGUGGAGGCAGCUGUAAGGUGAGCUGUUAUUAGUCUGAUUAUAUCAUUUUCCUUCCCUGUUACACUGCCUCUUGCUCUCUGACCCUCUGCCCACCCUCUCACCCCCCCUACCCACAAACCCCCCCUCCCGUCACUUCAUAGGUUUCUUCUCUGUCCUUCCUCAUUAGGCUAGCAGGAUUGUGUAGUUUCUUCUCUUUUUUUUCCUAAGCCCACUAUAUGUGGGGUCAGUGACAGGCUGCUGCUUGUUUGAUUCAUCUGUUUCAUUGGUACUGUUUUGUUUACAGAUUUGGAGUCACCUACCGAGGAAAGAUCGGUGAUGAUAUCGAAGUCAAAGUUGAUGAUGUGAUUGAAAGGUUAAUGAAACUUAUUGGGUUGUGGUUCAGAGAGAUUUGUUAAGUGAAGCGUAAAUGAUCUAAGAGCUACAUCUGUGGUAUUUUUUUUUUAUUCCAGGUACACACUUCUUCAUGUUCUUGAAUUUGAUUCAACAAGAAAAAGAAUGAGUGUUAUCGUUAAGUCACCGAGAGGUAAGUGAACCUAAGAUUUAUGCCUUUUGAAGACAAUAUGUGAUUCUCUUGAAGACAAUAUGUGAUUCUCUUGAAGACAGUACUGUGAUUCUCUUGAGGACAGUGCUGCAAUUCUCUUGAAGUCGAUGUUUGUACUAGAUUUUGUCGGUCAAUUUCUUUACCUUAACAGGAAAAAUUUCCGUUAUCAUGGUCGCUUCAAGAAUAAGCUUCGGGGAAAAUUUCAGAAGUAGUUUUUUAUAGGGCUCUAAGGAUCAGGACUUAGGAGUAUUAUGAGCAAGUCAUCUCUGUAGUUUAUCACAAUGCACUCACAUCGACAUGUCCAAACUAGAAAUUAUCUAGUUUUCAUUUUAAAGUUUACUUCGUUGUCUUUGUUCCAGGUGAGCAUGUGAUGCUAGUGAAGGGAGCUGACACUGCUGUGCUGGAUCGACUGGUGUCUGGACCCAAAGAUAUUACUCUUGAUCAUGUGAAUGAAUAUGCCGAGGUGUGUGUGACAGUUGAACUAGCUGAUGUCACUUCCGAGAUGAUGAAUCAAUCAACCUGUAGUCAGCUGUGGAAUAGCGCUACCACACCUGAGUUUAAAUAUUUUAAAGUUGCUAUUGGUAUUGAGUUGUUUUCUUGUGGUUAACAGAAAGGACUGCGGACAUUAGCUGUUGGUCGUAGAGUGCUUUCUGGAGAAGAAUAUGUUGUUAUUAAUGCUAAGGUGAGUGCUUCAUUUACUAAAACCAGCAGUAUCAUAAACCUCUUUCUGAAAAUAACAACUUGAAAAGGUUGCUUAUUAUUAAGCAACGUUAUUAAUUGAAUGACAUAGAGGAGAUGAAUUAUAACCAAGAGGAAACUUGCCCUUUGCUAGCUUUUUUUAAUUGGGAAACACCCAAACUAUCAGUACCAAUCUGUUUCUUAUCCCUUUAUGAUUUGUGAAUAUUGCUGAUUGUUUGCAAUUUAGAUCAACAAGGCCAAACAAGCAAUUCUUGAUAGAGAAGAACAGGUAUGUAUACACGUCUGUUGUUGUAUUUGAACUUAAACGUGUUCUGAAAAGCCUCUAUUGAUGUGUAAAAAUCUAGAUCAAUCUGCGAGCUUCCACAAAUUGUUCAGGAGACAUUGAGCCCUCAUUUUAAUAGCACUACAAACUAAUUAAAAAGAAAAUGCCUUAAAGUGGAUCUUUGUUUAAAAUUGUAGUUACGCCUUUGCGUCUCAAUGUUUGGGUUAUCGUUCUUGUAAGGAACGUUUGUUUGUGCCUACUGAUUCUAAUUGCAUAUUUUGGUUGAUGAUGCAGCUUGCACGUGUUUAUGAUGAAGUGGAGAGAGAUUUUCACAUCCUUGGAGCAACGGCUGUUGAAGAUAGGUAUGUUAGUCGUAAUUACAUUUGGUGCAACCUGUGAACAUACAGUAGUUUAUUCAGAGCAAGAAGAUGGGUAAGUUGAAGGAUUCAGUAAGAUUCAUUAAGGAAAUUAGAGCCUUUUUGUCAAACUUCAGGUAGGUUGACUAGACUUAUCAUACAAUGUUUUCCACCUGUUUGGUUCCAGAUUGCAGGAUGGAGUUCCGCAAACAAUAGAAGCCUUGCGUGAAGCAGGGAUCAAGGUAAGCACGACAGUGAAUAUAUGCAUAUAUUUCAUUUCUUUAAGAAUAUGUACCAGUCCUUAACUCUAAAUUUCUCGCUAUAUUCCUACAUUUGUCUCGUGGUCCUUGAGGUAUAUUUCGGUGUUGCUGUUUAUUUUGAUGCCUGUUUUUUUGUACAGGUGUGGGUUCUUACUGGAGACAAGCAGGAAACAGCAGUCAACAUCAGUCACUCAUGUGGACAUUUCAAGGUUUCAUAUACAAACCUUUUUGUACAAAACUUACAUUGACAGUGAUGGGUCUUUUGUGAUUACCAUGGUGAACUGUUGGUGAUGCUACACAAAGUGAUAAUUGUUAGCGUGGCUUUUAAUAAUAAAUUGUUGAAAAUUGGUCGGUGAUAAUUCUUCUUCUACGUCUAUUGUCGGGCCAUGGAAAGUUGUCAGUCGUAUUAGGAAGGUUAUAAUGUAAUUAAAAUACUGGUUUUCCAUUCGCUUGACAGACAAAGCGUGUUUCAGUUUUACAUUCCCUCAGACCAAUGUUUCGAGUUGUAAUGUCCCAGAGUGUUACCUUUCACUGCCUCUGGUGAUGUUGCGUAUCUUAGAAGGUCUAAGAUCUGCUUCGUUGUCUAGGUCUAUGUAUUAUGAUUGGUACACCCAAUGUUACCCAUUACCAAAGAUUGAGUGGGGGAUUGAAUGGUUAUAAGAUUGUGUUCACGAAAUGGUCGUCAGACAUUGUGCUCCUCUGCGACAGCUGUGGCUGGAAUUGGACAACUGUGACAAUUCUGUCUCUGUCCUUUGUAGGCGGGAAUGGAAAUGAUGUUUGUCACAAAGAAGCAGUCGGAGAGAGAAUGUCAAGAAGAGCUUGUUAGCUGCCGUGACAAGUGGGUAGUUUUAAUGCUGGAAAACUGUGUCAUAUGUGAAUUACUAUUCGUGGCACGUUGUGACAGAUCAUUGUUCUUAUUUUUAUUUUGUGCUCCGUGGUUGCAGGAUUCAACGCCGACCGCCCACAGACAGUAGGCAGUAUGCUUUAGUUAUCGACGGUGUUAGUUUGUCUCAUGUUCUUCGGGGCUGUUCAGGUAAGCGCAGUUACCUCAUAUCGAAAAGUGUGUUUCUAUUGAAAUGAAAUUAGGAGAGCGGAGACAAUUGAAAAAUCCAAACUUGCUAACUCCAGGCUAACAGGAGUUGGGUUUCGAGACCUUCAUAGAAGGGGUACAUUGAAAUUUAUUGGUGACUCUCUGAGCGUCAGUCAUCACCAAAUCCUUAUUUCUAUUUGUCAGUCUAUUUCUGUUUUUAGUAAUUACAGAAAAAGAGAAGUUGCCGCAAAGCUUACAGAUGUUACAAUGUCGGGGGGGGGGGGGUAGAUUAUGUAAAGAAUGGUCAGCAACACCGCUUUUAUGACUUGUGUAGGAGUAGUCUUGAACAGUUUAUUUCAUACUAAGAGGCAAUUCUUCGUUUAAGUCGUAGUUACCAGGUUUCGUUAUGUGUAAAAUGGCAUGUACUUGUUUUUUACAGAAUUGUUUGAAGGAAUCUGUCAAAAAUGUGUUGCUGUAUUGUGCUGUAGAAUGUCGCCUUUACAGAAAGCUCAGGUAUCUUGCGUAAAUAAUAGUGAUAAUGAUGAAGAUAAAGGCAUUUGCCUUUUUUUUCAACCUCAGCAUCACACGCAAGUUCUCAGUUCAUGAGUAUUUGCAAAGACGUGAUAGGCUUGGAAAAAAAAGUUCACGAAAAAUUUUAACUCAAGAAGCAAAAUUUAGUCUCUAACUUGAAAUUUGCCAUAAAAGAUUCAAUAAAAGUGAUCACCAGUUGUUUCUAUUUUGUCGACUGUUUAUUUAUUCGAAUUAUUUUACUUAAUGUUAUACUCAGUCCGAUCCUGAAAACGUCAAGGCUUUGAUAACAAUGCAAGCAGCGUCACCACCAGAUUACAUGAUGACAUAAUUUGUCACCAGUUUUCGACUCCCGUAAAUGCGGACACCCUCGGUGGGGGGAGAAGAUGUAGAAGAUGUAGUGUCUGUAAUAGCGGGGUACGAAAGAAAAACAAAAUUGUUUUUUCUCUAAACAUAUGAAAUAAUAUGUAACUACGCAAACGUGGCUUCAUCAACUGGAAUAAGAUCCGGCCGCAAGAAGGAAGUUCUCAUGUUCGCACCCAUUUGGUGAAUGGUUUCUUUGUUUUCCUUCAUCGUGAUGUCGCUCUAUAUUAUGUGAGUCAGGAUUUUUGACGAAUUACCUUAGUUUCCACUAUAGUGAGAGAAAAUAACAAGUGAAAUAUCGCGCUUGGAGGGGGGGAGGGGGGCACGAAAGUGUCCGCAUUUCCGCAUUAACGAGAGUCCGUAAAGACGGGAGUUUAUUUCAGUCAUUUCUUUAUGAGUUUCGCCGAAUAGCGGGGUGUCCGUAAUAGCGAGGUAUCCGCAGGGCGAGAGUUGGUUGUAUGUAGUUUUUUGCUCUCUGGAAUAUCAAAAGAGAAUGAGUUUUGUUUCCUAUGACGAAGUCUGUGUUUCUGUUUACAGAUUGUCCAGUUAGUAAAGAGCUCCUGUGAGAAGCCGGUGACUCUCGCCAUAGGUGACGGUGCUAAUGAUUGUGGUAUGAUUCAAGAGGCUCAUGUGGGUAUCGGUAUCAUGGGAAAAGAGGGUCGGCAGGCGGUCAGGACAAGUGACUACGCUGUGGCUAGGUUCAAAUUUCUACGGAGGAUACUGUUGGUGCAUGGCCACUGGUAUUAUGUUAGAGCUGCAGUUAUGGUGCAGUACUUUUUCUAUAAGGUAAAUUAUUUUGCUUUGGGUAAACCUUGUUAGGUCCAUGUGCACACAGCUACAGGUGCACAUACAGUGAUUCAAAGAACAUAAGCAAUGGCCGCCUUGUGGGUAGAGUGAAGUGGUCGUUAUAGAAAGGUGGCUGCGUUAGGGAGAGGUUGGGUUACAAUAUCACAAAUUUUAUUUCGAAGGCUAGAACUUUUUAUUUAUUUAUUUAUUUUAAUAUACUUUUCCGAGGAGGUUAAUGCUUAAAGUGAUCAAAAUAUAUUUAUGACAACGAAAUAAGAAACUAAUUCUCGAGUGAAGCCAAGUGACUACAUUCGUCGUGCAUCGUUCGGUUUUAGUCUCGAAGGCGAAUAAUUUUUUCUACCGAUAAAUAGAGCUGACAGCGAUGGUUUGCUCGAGCGAAUUGUCACAGCGCCGCUCAUCAGUCGGUGAUGAAUUGGUUUUGGUUGAGAGAUUUAUUUUUGUACGAUUAGGACGCGCUUUAAUUAUGGUUGCUGGUUUAGACAGGUGGCCUUUUUUGAUAGAAAACAGGGAAGUGGUUGGUGAAAAAUGGUUCAACCCGUAUUUAGUAAGAGUGUGUGAUGCGCUCUAUCUAAAUUAAAAUUGGAAGGUAAAGAAGUGGUUCGCCCCUCCCCCCAACCUAUGUAUUUUGACGUGAUCAUUCUCUGUGUGCCUGAAAAAUGUUGAUAAAAAAUUAUGUUCUUCCAACUAAUCGUAUUGAUCUUACCGAGUCUAACAAGUGCUUACUUCCUCGUUGUGACACUCCUCGGUUUAAAGUACCACGAGUCCAGUAUUUACAGGGCAAACCCCAAGUCCCUCAACUUGUUGUAUUCUAACAUAGCGUUAUGUUCUAUUUAUCAGAAUGUGUGUUUCAUCACACCACAGUUUUUCUACGCAUUUUUUACCUCUUUCUCCGGUCAGGUGCGUAUAUAAAUGCAAUAUUUGAGUCCUCAUUGAAUAGGCCACACUUUUUCCGUAGUCUGAAGAGGAUUAUUUUGUUUAUGCAUAGCAUGUGCGACAGGAAACAUUAUCAGAAUAAUAGUAGAUGCAAAGUUACGCUUGCAGCAGCAAUCAGCCAGGCAGGGCUUGCUGUAUAAGCUAUAGCUUAACUUUGUGUAUGAUUUGUUCCUCUUUGCAGCCGUUGUACCUCGCAUUCUUUUUAACCGCUUACAACAUUUUCUUCACGUCGCUUCCCAUUUUUGUCUAUGGCAUAUUUGAGCAGAAUGUCAACGGUGACGCAUUACAAAGUCAGCCGCACUUAUACAGGUUCUGUAUGCAAAUGUUUGUUGGUAAUACUUUUCUUCAUUGUCAUCAAAUACCCUCCUAGCUGUUUUAAAUUGGUACCCCUAGAACCAUAAAGCAUACCUAAACUAUUGAAGAACCAAUUGAUUUAAAUUCGAAUUUUAUCAACCUAUACCUGUUUUCACGAUAAUAAAAUGUUUGAAGUCAUUGUUUCAUUUUGUUCUGUGAUUGGUUUGUAUUGUUUAUUGUUAUUUUUUUUCCGUUGGUACACUGUGAAUAUGUUAAUGAAGAAACUUUUGAAACCAUGAAACAAACUAAAAGAACGGCAGAUUGACAACUGGUAAUCGAAUGUAGUAGCCUCCUGCCAGUUUUACGGGUUCUUAUCAAAAUUAAACAUUUCCUUUUUUCCUUAGGGAUAUAAGUAAGAAUUAUCGCUUAUCAUGGACAGAAUUCUUCUUUUGGGUAAUGUCUGGUGAGUUGUUUUAGGUUUACACUUUCUGCGUACUUAUUUUCUGUAUCUUUGGUUUUGUUUUUUUCUCUUUUUUUCCCUCUCUUACUGAUUAUAUUGAGUAAUGGUUGUGUUUUUAUCGUAAGGUUAUUGGCACGCAUUAGUAUUCUUUUUUGGAUCGUACUUCUUCUUUCAAGGCGACGCAAUAGGACCUGCCAUGUUGGUAAGAUAUUUGUCGUACGUUCAAUUUUACCGUCUUCGACUAGAAAUCGAAAUCUGUCUUGGUUAGCUGCAAUACAAUAUGAGAUAUAUUUUCAAAUGUAGCUCACUCCACUAAUCAAAUGAAAGGUGUAAUGCACUAUGAGCUAAGAUGUCACCCAACUUUUCCCCUUGUCCUGUGGAGGUCGACAUAGUGUAAUCACCAUUGUUUGAUUGAUACUUUGUAAGUAGGUCUGUGGUUCUUUUCCUCUUUCAAAUGAAAGAAGCAAAUAUCUUUACUGCUUAGUUACAUUCAAUAAGUGAAGAAGCAUCGUAUUCCUCUUUUUUUCUUUCCCCAGCAAUAUGGGAACUGGUCAUUUGGAACGUUUGUGUUUACUGUUUGCGUCAUAGUCAGUAAUCUCAAGGUAAGUACUCAGUGUUUUGGUAGAAAAAAAGAAUCAUUCGGAAACAACUUCAUGCAACUGUCGCCAGUCACGCAUUAAUAGAUAAACGUCGUCAUGAUUACUGAUAUUAUCUACAUUUCAGCUGGCACUGGUUACACAUUACUGGACAUGGAUGACUCACGUUUCUACAUGGGGCUCCAUCAUUCUGUUCUUCGUGUCCACCAUCACAUAUAACAGUGAGACUUGGUAA